AUGACACGCCAAUUGGUUGUCCUUGCUAUCAUCUUCACCGCCCUUCUCAGCCUCAUCACCGCCGCCCCAACACCAAGUCCCACCCCGAAGGUGGCUCCAUCACCGCACGGCUCCGGCAAGGCCUCGUCACCAUCGCCAACCAACCAUCGAAAAACUAAAUCUCCAAGUUUAUCACCUUCAUCUUCGCUAUCCCCCUCUUUCUCCACUCCUUCCUCCUCCCCAUCAAACGGUGACAUCUCAUCGCCUAGCCCUUCUGACGGGUCAGCCGCUAGCCCGUCUUCGCCGGAUUCUACUGCUUCGCCGGGAGACGAUUCACCACUAUCGGACUCAGAUGAUUAUGGUGAUCAACCGACAUUAGAAGAAUCGUUGGAUGAUGAUGUUGAAGAUGGUGCAUCCACUAGCUCGAAGUUAUCUGCCGCUAGUGCUGUUGCUGCAAUUGCAAGUUUUUUUCUUUUCUAG